AAAGGGUGUAACAGACAGACUGCGCGUUAUUGUGUGGUUAUCCGAAGUAGUUGUCAGUUCACGAUUUGACAUAUUGAAGUGGAAACGGGGUUAAUUCCCUCGAUAAUUUUUAGUUAUUCAUUUCGUCCUAAAGUAGUGAUUAUCAAAAUGUUGAAAAAUUUUACCUCGUUACAGACAUUUGUAUAUUAUGAAAGCCCAGUCCAGUAUUAACACAUACCCGCACGGUCGAAAUAAUAUGUAAACGACACAUUCGAUAUAAGUCCUUUCAAUGUAAAUCUGCUUCAUGUAAGGUAAUUCAAUUUGCAACGUUCACAAGUGUACGAUAAAUAUGCUGUCACGUAAAAACAAAGAUUUGCGUACAAUUAAAGAAGGCGUCGUUGGGAAAUAUGUUAAAAAAGAAACACCCCCCGAAAUGCCUAUUAUCAACGUAUGGACAACCGAACCAGUCAGAAGAAUAAGAAGAUUUAAUCAAUCAUCUAUACCAUCGUCUGCGCCUGUAGUUCAACAGCCAAGUAUGGUCCAAAAAUUUGGAAACACAAAAACAACUAUGAGCGCAGUUGGAUUAGGAAGUCACGAGGGCAAAUAUACACCCAAUAGCUCGGUUCCAGAUUUAGCUCAAAGAUUUGCCAGCCUUUCUGUUACUUCCAGCGACGGGACGACCUCACGUACUCCGACUCCGAUGUAUCAUCCUGAAUUGUCCCCUGCAAUUUCGCACACCUAUGUGAACCAAUAUGCUGGUUCUGAAUAUCAUUUGGAUAGGAUUCAAACACCUCAAUUACCUUACCUGCCUUCUGAAAUUGAUUUAGGUUAUGAAGAUUAUAAUCAGACUCCGUAUUGCCAAAACUCUGGGUACAAUAGGAGGCACUCGGAGAGACCAAGUUCAAGAGGGGAACCACCAGAAGAGUUACCACUGCCACCAGGCUGGUCGGUCGACUUCACUCUGCGUGGUAGAAAAUACUAUAUUGAUCACAAUACUAAAACUACGCACUGGUCUCAUCCACUUGAAAAAGAGGGUCUACCGACAGGUUGGGAGAGAAUAGAAUCUCCAGAGUACGGAGUAUAUUAUGUGAAUCACAUCACAAGACAAGCACAAUACGAACAUCCAUGUUAUCCUUUGGAAAUGCAAGCCGUUCGUGUUGUUUCACCACCACGCCACACGCAUUUUCAUUCCCAUAGCGUUCUAGUUCCAGCAAAUCCUUAUCUGAAUGAAGAAAUCCCACAUUGGCUUUAUGUAUACAGCAGAGCAUCUGUUGCUUUGGACCGGAAAUUGCGCUGGGAGCUCUUUCGUCUUCCUGAAUUGGAUUGUUUUAAUGCGAUGCUCACCAGACUGUACAAACAAGAACUAGAAGAAGUUGUAAUGCGAUACGAAGAGUACAGAUCUGCGUUGCUGUGUGAAAUGGAACAAAGAUUGAAGGAAUUGAAACCCGAAUCUAGAGGAUCAACCGCAGGAGUUGUUGCCCUACGGAGAUCCUUGCCUUAAGACUGUAGAAUGUCGACAGAAGCUGUAGUAAAGCUUGAUUUAUUUGUGUGAUUGACUAAACAGAGUUCCUUAGAUGUCUUAUACGAGCAUUUGGUAUACAGGUAUUCUCUUUCUUCAUGUGCGAGACCAACUCGCUUUGCCUGAGGUAAUAAUUGACUAUUCUUACGAGAAGCAAACAGAGGCCUGUACAGACAUGUUUGAUCGUAGGUUUAGAAGUGUUCUGGAGAAAGAUUAUGGACAAAUUAUCUUCAGUGCAUAAAAUGAAAGUGCCUUAAUAAUCCUCUAUUAACUAGUUCAGAACCUAUAAUAAGAGGAGCCUCAUAACUUUGAUAAGUAAUAUUUACAUUAUCUGCUGCCAUAAAUUUAAUAUCAUUUUCGGAUAGAUACAAAAUUGAAAUGAAACCAAGUGCAACAAGUCUGAUCACGAUACAGUACACCACUGAACUUCUGUAAAAUAAGUGAAUAUAUGUCUUGCUACUUGUCAUUGUAAUAUAAUGGAAUGUUUUGCAAAUCCAUCUCGUGGCAACCUUAUUGGUAGAUAUUACGAGUGAACCAAGUCCUGUCAUUGCUUAUGGAGGAUCAUUAUCCCGCAUCUAUACUCUUAGUUUAUGCUCGAUCCAUAUUACGCCUACAUUGACAAUAGCAGUUCGUCUAAUGUCGUUAAUCAAGAAGAAAUAUUAUGGAAAGGCUAAACCAAUGCUUAUCGAAGUGGUCCAUUCUUUGGAAUGAAUUUAGUAAUUGUAAUAACGUUGCUCGCAGUGCUGGUAUAUGACUCUUCUUUCUCUGAAGCAAUUGGCGUUUACUUUUUAGCAAAAUUAAAUUUUCCGUCAUUUUCGAUGAAAAAUAAUUUUUAACGAACUAAAACCUGAGUGCCGUUUUUCUUUACGUAUAUUUUGUGCAAAAAAAGUUACAAUUGAUUUAUAAAAUAUUAGAUCAAGAAACUUCAAAAUUUACCUGGUUUGACAUCAAUAUACCUAUAGAAUUACUUUUUUAAAUAUAUUGUCAUUUCAUUCCGUGUGUAGUCACGACUCUUACAUAUUGAUCAUAACUUGUCUUCUUCGAAUCGGGCGGAUAAAUUGCAUAUGGUCCGUAGCUAGUGCAUGUUAAAUAUAACUGAAAUUUGGAUUUACUAUGACGUAAUUUGUUCGAGGCAAUCCGACUUUGCGUUUAAAUUUCGUAGAGUUCACUCACUGUCAAAAAUUAUUUGAACUUAUCUAUAUUCCUAUGAUUAAAUAAAAUUUAUUCAUGAACUGUUAUGUAUCCAGGCCCCACAGAAAUCGUUGGAUCCCACAACCCCGAGUGCUGGAGUCAAAUGCUCCUCUCGUUCAAGGUUACGCACACAGCAAACAGUUGUGUCUUAUUACUAAGUCCUUAAUGAGAUGAACGAAAAUUAGCUAGUCUUUUUCAUAUUACAAUUUGUGUUAUCAUGUAUUUUAUUAUGACUAUUUUACAAUGUAAAAACUGAAGUAUUAAUCACCACUUGUUACGUGGAAUCAUUUCUACUUGACACUGCCUCUUCAUUUCCAACAGUGCGUUCAGCGGCCGUUCCAAUAUACAGAUCUUCGCCCUCCUUUAUUUCGUAUGAUCCUUUUAUUUUAAACCCAGACAUUUGUAUUACCUGUGCUUGUGGGAUUCCUAGAGUGUGCGCCCAGCUCCUUGCUGCAUAAUAAAUGAAUUGGUAGAUAUGAUUACAUUGUGCUUUAACGUAAUUCGCAUUUACUAAUUCUUGUAC